AUGUCCACAUCAAAAACUUAUGAAGCUAUUGAAACCCAAGCUGGUUUUGCUUUGCUUCAAAGAAACACUACCCCUCCAUCUCAUGAAAGGAGGGGUAGAAGAAAACAAGCCGAGCCAGGUCGGUUCCUUGGCGUAAGACGACGUCCUUGGGGUCGAUAUGCAGCCGAAAUCCGUGAUCCGACGACGAAAGAAAGACAUUGGCUUGGCACAUUCGAUACGGCACAAGAAGCAGCUCUUGCGUAUGAUAGAGCAGCACUUUCCAUGAAAGGAACACAAGCAAGAACAAACUUCGUAUACUCUAACAACAACAACAACAAUAACAAUGGUGAUAAUAAUUUCCAUUCUGUUUUGUCCCCUCAAUUUGAUGUUUCACAUCAUCAUCAGUUUCAAGUUCAACCAAACAAUGUUCCCAACAGUGACAUUGGAGGCAGUACCACAUACGGUUCGGUCGAUGAUGGUUACUUGGCUUGCAUUGUUCCUCGUGACUGCUUGAAACCUCCUUCAAAUCCAACCAGUUCAUCAUCCUUCAUCAACCAAAACUUUAAUACUUAUACUUCCCCUCAAAAUCAAGGUUUUGGUGAGCCAAAUCAGGGUUUCAUUUGGGGUGACAACAUGCAGCAAGCAUGGGAUAUGAACAAUGAUGAACAGUUGGCUAUAAUCAACAACGUACCGACUCCAUUAAUGGUUGAAGAUGGGUGCAUGGGGGGUUUUUACGGUACUAACUAUGUCGACGACAAUACAAGCAGCUAUGAGAACAGCAUGGUCAUACCACAAACCACUUCAAUGGCUACUUUCAGUACUGAUGUUGUCGACUUCGGGUAUUAACUGUUUUGAGUUUUGUUUUGAAGUUCUGCAACUCAAUCAUCUAAGAGAGUUUCGUUUUUUUUUCGGUUGUUAUUGUAAAUUAAACUUUUUUUCCCCAUCAUUUGAGGUGGAGA